GAGGCUAGACCAUGAAACUAUUGCUUGGCGUAUUAGCUUUGGUGGGCACACUCGUCGUUGUUGUCGCACUGGUGACAUCAAAGUCCAUCACAGCCGAUUCGUUGCCGCGCGUCACUAUUCCCGGUCAAGGUGCAGUACUCGGCAGUGUCGCUGAAACAUUAUGGACGAAACAGAAGUUUAACUCAUUCCGUGGUAUUCCCUAUGCGGAAUCGCCAAGUGGUGAACUGCGUUUCAAGCCACCAGUUAGUCGUAGCCCCUGGCAAGGCACCUACGAUGCGCGCAACUUCGGCAAACGCUGUCCGGUCAUAACAACCGUCGGAAAAUUAAAUGCUAGCCAACUGCAGGAAGACUUGGAGGAUUGUCUAAACUUGAGUGUCUACAGCAAAAAACUCGCGGCCAAGCAGCCGGUAAUGUUCUACAUUUAUGGCGGCGGCUUCACCAAUGGCUCCGCCUCCGAUCACCCACCACACCAUCUGCUGGAGAAAGACAUUGUGCUGGUAGUGGCGCAAUAUCGCGUCGGCGCGCUCGGCUGGUUGACCAUACUCACCGAGGACAUGCCCGGCAAUGCGCCAGUGCUGGAUCUGCUUUUGGCCUUGAGUUGGGUGCAAAAGCACAUACAUGCGUUUGGUGGCGAUCCCACGCGUGUUACGAUAGUCGGUCAGAGCGCCGGUGCCGCCAUGUCUGGUGCGCUGCUGCUAAGUCCGCAAACACCGGAACACUACUUUAAGCGCUCGAUUGUGCAAUCGGGCGCCAUAACGGCACCGUGGGCUAUAAAUCGCGAGCCAUAUGCGCAGGUUCAACGCAUUUGCGAGGCGCUUCAAUGCGCGAAGUGUGAAGAUAAGCACGAGGCAUACGAUUGCCUCAGGCAGGUUGAUUUGCUGCAGCUGUUGCGCGUAACCAAAGAGGAAAGCUUCAGUCCCGUUAUAGGUGAUGUGCAGGGCGUGCUGCCAACAGAACCGCAAACACUGUUACGGAAUCUCAAGCGCACAGUGCCGUUAAUGACUGGCUUCACAAAGCACGAUGGCACUUUCGUGCUGGCAACGCUUUAUGAUAUGCUUUUGGCAAAGUAUGGUAGCAUUGCUAAGCUCACUGUGCGCCAGUUCGCAAAUACGCUGAUCGACUUAGGCAAAGACAGCACUAGCCUCUCUAACAAUUUGCUCUUGCGCAUGCUCUUCAGACCGGAAAUUUUGGAUACCAACAAUCAUACCGCUGCCUGGCCGGCCUAUAUUGAUAUCGCCAACAUCAUUUAUAUGAAAUCGCCGGUGAUUGCCUAUGCAAACGAAUUGCAGCGGCGCGGUGCCGCAACCGUCUACUUAUACAGCUUCGAUUAUGCCGGCGAGCAUACGCGCUUCGGCUAUGAGUUGGGUAACUCGCAAUAUCCCUUUGAGGGUGGCGUACAUCAUUCGAACGAUAAUAUAUAUGUGUUUGCCACACAUAAACUGAAUGCGUAUGACACGCAAAUCGCAAAGAAAAUGGUGGACUUGUGGUACUCCUUCAUAGCUGAUGGUGUGCCGAGAGUGGCCGAUCAACCGGAACUGUCUAUCAAAGCCAUGGAGACGGAGUCUGGUCCUUAUUUCCACAUAAAUCAGGUAAUGAGCGUGGGCAAUGAUAUUUUAAGCGAGCUCACAGUGACUGUCGACGAUCCAGAGCGCUAUAAAUUGAUCAGAACGUUCACUUCGCCGCCAGCAUUGCCACCAAGUUUAGCAAUUGAUUGAAAAAUAAUUAUAGAAAUUAGAAAAUUUAUUUUAUUUGGUAUGUACUUUAAGUUUCUUAUAGCUAUUAAAUAUAAGACUUGACAAGAAAA